AUGGAGGCCGCAGCAAAGCACAAGCGGCAAGAGGACAUACUGGAGAGGCUGCUGUCAGGGGCGGGCGUGUCUGCGACGGGGUUCCUGCUAGAGCCGGGCGCCAGCGGGUCGCUGCACAUGCACAUCAGCGAUGACGUCAUCCGCGCUGCGCUGCACAGACCCCUGCCGGGGAUCGCGCGCGAUCAGGAGCUGCUCGAACCCCUGUGGGACUCAGAGUCGGAUGAGGGUAGCGGGGGAGAUGGGGACAGCAGCAGCGGCGAGGAGGGCAGCAGCACCGGCUCUGAGGCCGAAGGGAGACCGCUCAGACGGCAGCAAAAGGGCGGCGGCUCUGGGGCCGGCAAAGAGGAUGCGCAGCCAUUUUGGAGGCGACAUGUGCGUCCGAUGAAGCGGCUGCUGGCGGCUGCGGUCAACAGCCUGACCUACGUGGCGCUCUGCACGUCUAUUUUGGCGCUCGGGCUCGUCGCCGGCUUCCUGCUGGCUUCCCCGCUCUCCUCACAGAGGGCGGCGCCUGCCUAUGAGCUGGGUCCGGGCCUGCUGGCUGCCCAGAAGCUGCCGGGGGGUCCGGUGGCAGGAAUGGCGUUUGGCGGAGAGGGGGGACCGGACCCCUCAAAAUUCGACUUCUUGGUGGGGGACGAUUUCGGGGUGUGGCAGAACAAGAGCAUGGAGAGCAGCUCUGUCACUGUUGAGCAGUCCGGCAUCCCAGGGCUGUCGACGGUGGGAGGCCCGCACAGGAGCCCGCGCGUGCCGAUAAAGGGCCCGGGCGGGAAGCUGCUGCCCUUGCCGCGCAGCCUGCGAGUGUGCACGAUGACCGCUGAUUUUUGGGGCCUGCCCACCGCCGGGGGGACCGCCACCGCCUACGGACUCCUCACCUCCGCGCUCAGCGAGGACCCCUCCCUCGAUGUGACGCUGCUGGGCGUGAGCCGUAUGAUGGACAAGUGCAUUAAGGGCCGCAAGCAGCAGUCCCGGCUCAACCCGCGCGCCAACUACGCAUGCUUCGACGACCGCCACUUCCAGCCAUUCGUGGUCACCACGCAGCCCUACGAGGGGCUUAGUCAUGCCACGCUGGAGUGGCUCAAAGAGAACCAGCACCUCUGCGAUGUGCUGCAGGUGCACGAGUGGGGCGGGGUGUUCACGGACAUUGUGACCUACUCCCACUUCCGCCAGUUCAGGCCGGGGCUUCGCAUCGCCAUCAACUCCCACGGAGGCCACUACUGGUCCACUCAGGGUCAGCUGCCGCGGCCAACGGACAUAAUGAGCCUGCGCAUAGACAACGGCGAGCGCGCCACUCUGGAGUAUGCUGACAUAGCGCUGUCGCCCACCCGCUACAUCGCAUCCUGGCUGCGCCAGCGUGGCUGGCGCCUGCCUGACUACCGGCUGCCGGUGCCCAACAUGAUAGCGGAUCUGGACCAGGCGCCAAAAGAGAGAGUGGACAAGCCGGUCUGGCGAGUCGCCUUCUUCGGUCGCCUCGAAGAGCGCAAGGGCAUCAAGCUAUUCGUUGAUGCCGUGCAGCGGCUGCCGAAGGAGAUUCUGGAGAAGCCGGAGUUUGAGUCCUACUUCGUGGGGGCUGAGUCCAAGAUCGACCAGGUGCUGAGCAGCACGUGGCUCAAGGCGCACACCAAACACUGGACCUGGAAAAUUUUCAUCAUGGCCAACACCCCGAGGGACAAAGCUCUUGCGACGAUCAGUGCGGACGGCAUUCUACUGGUGCUGGCGUCCAUGAUCGACAACAUGCCAUACGUGCUGGCGGAGGCAUCAGUCAUGCGCAUCCCCUUACUAAUCUAUGACGUCGGCGGGGUGACUGAGAUGAUCGACCCCAAGCUGCACGCCGACAUCAUCUGCGGCACGCCCAAGGGUGAUAUGCUGGCGGUGCGCAUGCGCGAGGCGCUGCAGGCAGGCAAGCUGGGAAUCUCCGCCCUGUCUCCACGUGUGACCACCGGCAAAGAGCAAUGGCAGGAGUGGCACCACGACUUCUUCCACAACCAGAAGCAGGACUACAUCCAGGACGACAUAGAGCUGCACGCAAAGGCGGACACCAUGAACACAGACUUGGAGAUCAUCACUCUGCGCGAAGCCAAGCAGACCGCCCUCGAGCUGUAUGAGGAAGUGUGCGAUGCCGAGGGCUGCACAGAGCGCGGCUGCGGCUUCGGAGUGAACGCCACAUCCGCCCCGCCCACAAUCCUGUUACUACCCCCGCAAUUCAGCGUCCUCAACGAGUCACGCCUGCCGGAAUUAGUCAGGCUGCUCAACAUCGGCGAGCUGCGAAAAGACUCGAUCGGGGCGCUGACUUUCGGCGCGGAGAUUCCCCCGUACAAGGACGGCGCGCUGCCAACGUCGCCCAAGCUGCGCUACGCGUUCCCUACCGCGCCCACCUGGCAGAUAUAUGAAGGCGAGGUGGAGCCAUGGCUGAUGAGUGACUAUUGCACUGACACCGUCCCCGUUCUGCUGCGGCGUUCCACCUUCUGCCGAGCAUUCGCAGCCGACGCCAAAGACUUUCGCGCCUACAACUCAUGGGUGCUGUCGCUGAUGCUGGGGCAGGCUGGCCUGCACCUGCACACAUUCCCGGAGGUGGCGUUCUCCUUGGACAAGUGGACCAUGCAAGGAUACCCCUGCGUCCUCGACAAGACACCCAAUCGCCAGCUGGACAUCCACGUGGCGGCCAAUCUGAUGACGGACGAAAUGCUGAUGCGCACGGCACAGCUCACCCCCGAGUACCGCCCCUUGGUCGAUUUCCACUCCCAAUACUCCACCACCCAAUCCCUCAAAGGGUGGCGCUACGGCUACACCGACGCCUCCAGGCCAAUGGAUCGCAACACGACGUUUCAUGAAAUGGUGUGGCAUGCGCACAAGAACGGCCACAUCGCAGACGGCCGCUGGCAGGCCACCCAGGAGCAGAUAUACCCGCAGCUGUACCGAUACAUCCUGCACCCCUGUGUGAGCUGGCCGGGCAUGCCCAACAUGUGCGGCGGGCUGCACACAGCCACCGGCACGCUGCGCUUUGACUCAUUCCUCACCCAAGAAAACGUGGUCAUCAUGCUCAUCUACGAGGUCUUCCCAAAGUGCGGCGACGGAGUCAAUUUUGUGGUCACACUGACUCCAGUGGACGGAAGCCCGGUUCAGACUCUGCACGAAGCAGAGUACGAGGUUGCGGACAAGCCCACGAGGCAGCGGUUGCAUUUCUACCUGGACAAGCUUUCCACGGGUGACAAGGUGGAUCUGCUGGUGUACCCUCGAGAACAGCAUGACUGCGACGGGGCGCUGAUUCUUGAGGUCCAGAUCUGGGAGCAGAAGGCCUACAAGGGCUGA